AUGGACCCGGCAGCUCUUGCCAUACCUGCAGCCCUCGCUGGGUUGGCCUAUCUCAAUGCUCGUUGGAGGGUUUCAGUCGACGCCCACCUGUUACGUUCAUUGGCCGCCUCCCGGAUUGCCUUCCAGAGACGCGAACGAGCAGAUCGAGUAAACUCUUUUUACCUGCUUGAAGAGCAUGCCAACAAUCCCAAGGUUGCUGAUAAACCAUUUAUCGUCUACCAGGGAAGGAAGUGGACAUUCAAAGAGACGUACGACACCGUUCUUCGCUAUGCUGGCUAUCUUCAUGGCCGCCACUCGAUCGUGCCGGGAGAGAUCAUCGCCUUAGAUUUCAUGAACAACCCACAAUUCCUCUUCCUAACCCUGGCGCUAUGGUCUUUGGGUGCUGUUCCUGCAUUCAUCAACUACAACCUGACCUCGACGCCCUUUGUGCACAGUGUUCGGACAUCCAGCGCACGACUGUUGAUCGUCGAUCCAGAAAUCGAAUCGAAAGUGCUUACCCCAGAGACACAGGAAGCAUUCAAGGCCCCAAAAUUCCGCAACAAUGCUUUCCCUUUGGAGGUCGUUGUUCUGCACUCGGGGCUACAAUCGUCCCUCGAGUAUUUCCAGCCACACCGAGCCCCGGACUCUGCUAGGGCCGGAGUCACUGGUCGAUCACCCUCGGUGUUGAUAUCUACCUCAGGAACUACAGGACUUCCCAAGGCCGCCAUUGUGCCCUGGGAGCGCGUGGUAUACGGCUCUGGUAUUGUCGCUCGAUGGAUCGAGCUUCGUCCUGUCACCUCCUCAAAACCCGACUGUUACUACACCUCCAUGCCACUGUAUCAUUCCUCGGCCUUUGUAAUGGGCUUCCACUGUUGUCUAGGCCAGGCCAGCACUCUGGCACUGGGGCACAAAUUCUCCGUCACGGCUUUCUGGGAAGAAGUUGUCGAUGCUGAUGCAACCGUCAUACAAUAUGUUGGCGAGACACUGCGCUACUUGCUCGCCACCCCUCCUAGGCCCGACGAUCGUACAAGACAUCGUGUGCGACUUGCAUUCGGCAAUGGCCUCAGACCAGACGUCUGGGACAGGUUCCGGGGCCGAUUCGCCGUCGAAACUAUAGCCGAGUUCUACGCCGCGACCGAAUCUGUAGGCGCUGCCUUCAAUUUAUCUCGCAACACCUUUUCCUCAGGGGCGAUCGGGUCGGCCGGAAUGUUGGGCACACUUCUGGUCAAUUCGAUCCAAACCAUUGUCAAGGUCGACUGGGAAACAGAGUCCCCGUACCGCGACCCCAAAUCUAGGUUCUGCGUUUCUGUCCCCCGCGGUGAACCAGGUGAGCUGCUGUACAAGGUCGACGCCAAAGACAUAAACGCCAAAUAUCAGGGGUAUUUUGGCAACAAGAAGGCGAGCGAUUCCAAAAUUGUGCGCGAUGUGCUCGCCAAGGGUGACGCUUGGUUUCGCACGGGCGACGUGGUGAGAUUCGACGCUGACGGCCGCCUCUGGUUCUCCGAUCGCAUCGGCGACACUUUCCGGUGGCGUAGUGAGAACGUGUCUACCGCCGAAGUCGCCCAGGUGCUCGGCGAGCAUCGCGCCGUUCUCGAGGCCAACGUCUACGGCGUGCAGGUUCCCAAUCAUGAGGGGCGAGCCGGCUGUGCUGCCGUGCUGCUGAAAGACGUGAGGCCCCACGACACACCGAUUUCUGUGCAGUUGCUCGAGAGCCUAGCGACCUUUGCGCGCAACAGCCUGCCCAAGUACGCCGUCCCGGUCUUUCUUCGCGUAGUCACCGAGGUCAUGGCGACGGGCAACAAUAAGCAGCAGAAACACGUGUUGAGGCUUGAAGGGGUCGAUCCCGGCAAAGUGCACCAUGACAGGCUGUUUUAUUUGCGUCCAGAUGCCGAGACGUAUGAGGCAUUUGGGCAGAAGGAGUGGGAGCAUCUCAAGGCCGGGCGGGUCAAGCUGUAG